AUGUUAGGAUUAUUUGAGGAUGUUGUCGGAUCUGGAGGAGGAAUUGCUGGGAUGGUGAAGGAAGACCCAGGUCAAGAUGAUGAAUGGUUCCUGGCCCCAGCUGUGGACACCACGACGGGGCAGGACCUGUUGGAGACCGUCUUCAAUCAUCUCAACCUUAUGGAGACCGCCUACUUCGGUCUCCGCUACCUGGACCCCUCCAACCAGACGCAUUGGCUCGACCCAGCUAAGAAAGUGGUGAAACAGCUCAAAGGAACCUCUCCCUUCACCCUCUACUUCAGCGUCAAGUUCUACGCUGCCGACCCCUGCAAGCUGGUGGAGGAGAUAACUAGGUACCAGUUCUUCCUGCAGGUGAAGCAAGACAUUCUCCAGGGACGCCUUCCUAUAUCCCAGGACCUGGCCGCCGAGCUGGGAUCCUACGCCGUCCAGUCUGAGCUCGGCGACUACGACCCGAGGCGACACUCCCCAGGGUAUGUGUCGGAGUUCCGUUUCGUCACCACGCAGACGGUUGCCCUCGAGAACAAGAUCGCCGAACUCCACAAAAAGCUCGUGGGACAGGUGCCGUCCAAGGCUGAGAUGUGUUACCUGGAGAAGGUCAAAUGGCUCGACAUGUACGGCGUCGACCUCCAUCCUGUCCUGGGCGAGGACAACAUAGAGUACUUCCUGGGCCUCACACCAUCUGGAGUUAUUGUACUCCGGAACAAAGCCAAGGUCGGCAACUACUUCUGGCCAAGAAUAUCAAAGGUGUACUUCCGUGGUCGGUUCUUCAUGCUCCGUGUGAGGGACAAGAAUAACUCUGAAAACACUUAUGGGUUUGAGACCCCAAGUAAGGCAGCCUGCAAGCACCUGUGGCAGUGUUGUGUGGAGCAUCAUGCCUUCUUCAGGCUGACGCAGGCCUCAGGCAACUCUCCAGCUGCCAUCUUCUCCCUCGGCUCCAAGUUCAGUGGAAGGACAGAAAAGGAAGCAGUUCAAGAUGCUAAACUAGGAUCACGAACUCAGCCGGAGUUUACUAGGCUUCCCAGCAGGAGGUACCAGCGGCGUAUUGUAGAAGGCGCACAGGACACCCCCCGUGUAGAGGAUAUAGAAGUCAAGCCUGAGACACGCAACACAGUCCAGCUUCCCACACCUGUUUCUACGGUCUCACACAUGUAUCGCAGCACUUCCAUGACAUUAGCACCUCGCAGUGAUUCCCCACGCAGCACUCGGUCUGCACCCUACCCAGCUGGUGUCACAACUUCUGGAGGCACAGCUACCCUUCUAGGAGGUAGAAAAGGGGAUCACAGAACUAGAGGAGAAUCCCCUAGAUCUGUUCACUCUGCUGCCCCGGCCACACACAACUAUGCAGUGUCUAGACGGACUUCCAGUGUUGACAGCCAAUCUUCCGUUGACUCUCGGGGUCACCGCAGGCACAGGAGGAGUCGUGGGCGAUCAUCAGACGGAGAGAGUGAGGCCAGCAGUAAAUGCUCUUCUCGUGGACAUCGUCGUCAUCGCCAUCGUCAUCAAUCUGAUGAUUCAGACCAUCAUCGUCACCGCCAUCGCCGUCGGAGGCACAAGUCAGGUGGUACCAUGGUGAAUAGUGAUACCCAAUGGGUACAGGUGCAGGCAGGUGAGGCACAAGUCAGGGGCAGCACAGCCACCGUACGUGACCUGUCUCAUAAGAGUGGAUACCAACCCUCGGGUAUUGACACAGAGGCUGACUCUCAUCACCACCAACACUCCAACAAAAAGCGACAUAGGAAACACAGGUCUCGGUCUCGGUCUCCCUCUGAAGCCAAAAAUACUCGACUGCCAGAUGAACUUCGACGUCACUUGGAGUUUGACCUUCAGAAGACACAGGGUUUAACAGAGGCAGAGUUGAGGGAGAUACCUUACACUAAGAUAGAGACUGCCAAGACCAUUAAGAUAAAGUAUACCUCCCCAAAGACUAAACGACACAAAAGUCCGCGACGCUCUAAAAGUAACUCAAGUGACCGUAAAGCCACUCCCCCAGCUGAUGGAGAAUCUCCGCCCCCACCGUACACUCCCUCCCCCUCCAACAAGACCAAUACAUUACCCAAAGCCAAUCACAAGGACAGUUCAGGUGAAGUAACUGGUGCAAGAACCCCAGAUGGAGGAGGCCUGGUGAAUGGCACCCUGCGUCCUCCUGGGCCAAGGUCCGUUCAGGCGCCUACAGUUGCUGUCUCACGUGUAAAGUCAUCUGAAGGCCUUUCUUCAGGAGGAAACAGUAGUAGAGGUUCAAGUGGGGACUCUCCAGGAGUGUUCAGAAGCCACAAUGACUCAAGCACAAAUACUGGAAUGACCAAGACUUCUGCGUCUACCUCUACCAGCACAUCGUGUACAAGUUAUGGCUUUACAAGCAGCACAUCCCACAAACCAGUGAUGGUGAAUGGUCCAAGUGUGAAGGCUUUAGUGACCAACAGUGCCAAUGGAUCCUCCCCAACACUUGGUCAUGAAGCAUCUAGCCCUGACUCCUCGGCCUUCAUGGAAGAAACGACCGGAGGUUUUGUGGCAGCGAAUGGUUUUGUACCUACUUCAGCUGCUAUCUUGAAGAAUGGCACAAAUGAAAGAGGAUCUCAUUUCACAGCUGUUUUAAAACCACAGCCGAGUCCACAGUCAUCAGUCACCUCUGGAAUCAGCGUUGGGAGCUCCAGCGUGAGUAUCUCAGCUGACUCAACUCUGACCAGAGGCUCCCAACACAAUUGCAACAAAGACACAUCCCAUAACCACCACCACCAGCUGUCAUCAGCAUCCAACAGCCCAGACCCUGACGAUCAGAAAAACUACGACCACCAUAGCUAUGAGAACUUUAGUUUCGACCAUAACAGCUAUGACAACUCGACCAUAUGUGACAGUCCUGAGCCUUAUUAUAACAACUGCAGCUCCCAUUGUGACCAAAAAAAGUCUGGACAACAUGAUAGCCUUUACCCAAGCCUUGAGCCCAUGACUCAACAUUCCACUAACAUUCUCAUUCACUAUCAUGACCUUGACAGUGUAACAUCAUCUUCACAACCUUCCAGUAACCAACCAGUUCCUCUCCCACGAAGCUCCAUUAUAUCUUCUGUUCAUAGUAAUGAUUCUUCCACACAUAUAGUUCAGUCUUACGGCCCUUCCAUGUCAGGCAGUAAAAAUGAUACUAACCCUUUACAGAGAUCUGGAUACACAUCAGCUCCUCCGAAACCAAGAUCUAACUCCAAUCCAAAUUCUGUUGGACUUCCUCCUUUUUCCUCAUCUAUGAGUUCCUCACCUGCUCCUUCUGCCUCUUCUGUUACGGGUUGUGGAAACUCAUCUUUGCCCCGGCCUUCAAGCAAUCGACCUCAUAUGAGAACAACUGGUUCUCAGACCAAUAUCUUACGUACUACCGCCUCGCAAACUAACCAUUCUAACCUGGGUCAGAGGGCUUCUAGCAAACCCCAAUCCUCCAGUAAAGCAACAGAAAUGAGUCAUGGCAUCCAGACAACAAACGGGACUAACCUAGCCCACUCUGCCCUGCACUGGAAGGUGUAUAACUGGGAUGCAUACAGGGAGGAGGCAGAGUGGUCUAAUUCGCUAGGGCGCAGCAUCAAGGGUCAAGGAUCAGAGGGUAAUCAAGCAUCAACAGCGGUAGUGAGUGAUACUAAUGGCUACCAUAAUGGAAGUUAUGACCACAUGAACGUUGCAGUUAACGGGAAAGUAAAUGGAUUGGGGAAGAAGAAUGGCUCCAUCAGUGGCAUCUACAUGAAUGGCAAGAGCAACAGUAAGACUUGUCUUGCAAUGAAUAGUUAUUCCCCAAAAUCUAAGGGGUUGGCACCUCUGUCUGAUGAGUUUAUUCAUAUCAACAGUAAGAUAAAUGGUAACAAUAAAAAUUCAAUGAGCAACUUCACCGGUGGAGAUGCAAACAUUUACAAGACAGAUUAUAUUACUGGAAGUGUGCAUGAACAUGUUAAUACUCUGACUGGUGGUAAAGGUACUGGACAUCUUAAGACCUUUACUAAUGGUCAUGUCAAUGGCUUUAUUAAUGGUCAUACUAAAGACCACCGUAAUGGCUCCAUUAAUAGCUGUUUUGAAGUAGAAAGCAAGAACAAUAAGAAUGUGACUUUUAAAGUUGAUAGCUCACUACUGAGGAACAGUAAGGGCAAUGGCCUUAAUGUUACAGUGAAUGGCAAGUUGGAAGAUAACCACCUGAAGGGUGAUUACAAAGGUGAUGCAAAAGGAAAAUUGAACGGUGAAGCUGCGGAUGAAAUUAGCACUGAACUGUGAUAGUUGUAUGUUGUUCUUGAUGUAUAUAGUCUUUAUUUUGUUACUCAACCACUCAGCUGUAUAUGCAUUGUUGCAAGUGCCAAAUGUUGUAUGCAAAUUCAAGAUUUAAUUUAAAUAAUAUAAGGUAGUUAUAUGUUGCAGAGCAGACAUUUAAAAAGUAAAUUUUCAAGAAACAGACUUGGGUAUGGAGUUAAAAAUAUAUGUUUGUAGAUAUGAGUUUGUACAGAAGGCAAAUGGUAUAGAAUACUUCAGAUUGGGCUGGGGGUCACCUCUUUUCACUUUUUCACUUCUAUGAAUUUAAUCAUAGAAUGGAAAAUUUUAAUUUCUUUCUCAUGCCAUUAAAUAUCAUAUUAAAACUUUAAAUAUUAGUCUGUUUGGUCAUAAUUACAAAUGUAAAGAAAAUAAAUUAAUCUUUUGUAAGAACAUUAUCCUACCAUUUUGAUAUGGUAAGUUUUCUGGUGUUAAUUUUUUUAUGUCCUGGCCCAGUAUGACUCACAUGUCUGAUCUCAUGAACAGUUAGCAAAAGUUCUCUCCCUUCCCCAACAAAGGAAGGUUGAUGUAGAGAAACAAAGAGCGACAAAUAGGAAUGCAUCAAAAACUACUCAUUGGACUGUCGUGCUACAUUGUGUUUGAGUGGAACAUAUUCUGAUUAUUGUUGUACGUACUGAAUGUUUUAAGUGUUUAAAUAUUAACCUUUGUUUAAAAGUGAUGUACUGUACUAACAACAUUUCUAAUGGCAUUGUAUAAUUUUUAAAUAACUGUAAUACAUUCACUUUAGAGUUGAACUUUGUAAAGUAUGCACAAGUAUUUUAAAAUCUCAAUGGGUUAGUUCCUUGCUUCAUAGUGAAGCAUUAAAAAUUAUCAUGAUCACGAGUAGCUGUGAAAGAGUCACAUUUAUGCAUAACAUACCAUGGAAACAUGUUUGUUUCUUACACUGUAUAUAAAUUGAUUGUACACUUUGUAGCAAAUAUGAUCGUAUAUUAAAAAAAAGUCUCUUAGUUACAUUCAGUGUACUUUACCUAUACUGUAUAUGAGACAAAAAUCUUCAUGCUCAUACUUACUACUUUAAUACCUAGUACUAACUUCGUGAUCAUGAUAGUACAUUGACGCAUGCCUUUCUGUAUUAUCACACUGUAAAGUUGUUAAAAUCUGGAUGCUAAAAUUGUAUAAAAAAGAAUUGUAGAAAGACUAAUUUCCCAAGUUGUACACAUUUAUUAUUUGAAAUUUUAGAAUAUGUAGAGAGUGUUGGUUACGAGUGUAUUGAUCACCUGCACUUUGCCUGUAGCAUAGCAAUAAACUCUACCUAUGCUUCAA